CACUUUUUUCAAAAGUACGCCCUCUCGUGACAGAAUCAAAACAUCCGCCAUCUUAUAUUCUGCUGAUACAAUAUUCUGGAUGAAGCAGAUAAAUCCGUUGGCAUCUUCCUUUGUUUGAAAGUUUAGAGAUUCCUUGCCAUCAUGAGUGGGGGGAUUCCAUAUCUUGGUAGCAAAAUAAGUCUUAUUUCUAAAGCAGGAAUUCGAUAUGAGGGUAUUUUAUAUACCAUUGAUCCGAAUGAAUCGACAGUUGCAUUAGCGAAAGUUCGUUCGUUUGGAACUGAAGAUCGACCGACUGAUCGGCCUGUAGCACCUAGAGAUGAGAUAUUUGAAUAUAUAAUAUUUCGAGGCAGUGAUAUCAAAGAUUUACAUGUUUGUGAGCCACCAAAACCACAACCUCUGCAGACAACCUUACCACAAGAUCCUGCUAUUGUCAAAUCUUCUCAAUCAUCUUUCCAACAGCAAGCGGCAGCAAGUAACAACUAUGGGAAUAACUCAUCAUAUCAACCAUUUGGUGGUCAAAAUAUGUAUAAUCAGUAUGGUCCUUCAGCACCACAAUCUUUUGGUGGCCAUCAGCAACAACAAUCAGGUUCACGUGGGCCCUCUCCUACAUUUAACCGUAUAUCACCCACUAUGGAUCAGGGUAUACAAGUGGGGAUGAGAGGAGCACCUCCGGCCAGAAGACCCAGUGGGUCACGAGGUCCUACACCGCCACAGCAGCCAAAUAGGAAGUCCCCAACAUCAGACACUGGUACACAGAUGAGUCCAGAGAAACAAUUACAGUCCGGCCAACAAUCUCAUAAUAGACCCGAUUUUAGGCGACCUCCACCACAGAGACCUCAACAAAAUCAACAGCAUCAACAACAACAACAGCAGUCAUACUCAAGGGGUCGUGGAAGUAGUCGAGGGAGAGGGGGAUUUGAAAGUAGAGGAGGAUAUGAAAGUAGAGGAGGAUAUGAAAGAGGAGGAGGACAUAGAGGAGCUCCCCGGGGAGGACCUAGAGGAGGUAGUGCUAGAGGUGGUGCACCAAGAGGUAGAGGAGGAAGGCAUGGAGAUCCACUUAAGUUUGAAGAAGAAUUUGAUUUUGAAACUGCUAAUGCUCAGUUUGACAAAGAAGAAAUAGAAAGAGAAUUAAAAGAAAAACUUGUGAUAGGUGAUAAAACAGUGAAUGGUGAUAAAGAUAGUGUUGAGAAUGGAGGGGAUGAAACAGAGGAAGACCCAGAAAUUACAUAUGAUAAAAACAAAUCAUUCUUUGAUAAUAUUAGUUGUGAAGCAACAGAAAGAGCCAAAGGAAGAACAACAAGAACAAGUUGGAAGGAAGAGCGGAAGUUAAAUACUGAGACAUUUGGAAUGCAGGACCGAAGAAACUUUGCUAGUAGGGGUUAUGGGGGUUACCGUGGUUAUAACAGAGGAUACAACCGAGGAGGUUAUUAUAAUGACCGGGGCUCACGAGGAGGAUAUUCAAGAGGAGGUGGAGGAGGAGGAGGAGGGGGAUUCAGAGGACAGAGCCGUCCACCACGGGGAGGCGGUUAUGGUGGUGGAAACAGAAAUCGUAGUCAAGGAUGGGUGGAUUAUAAUUAUGAUUAUGAAGCGGCAGGAUUAGACAAACGCCAGGGCUCAGCUAAUAGACAAAGACAGACAACAACAGCAGAAUCGUAGAAAUAGUGGAAUACGUUUGUGAUAAGAUGUAUGCAAGAUGAUGGAGUCUGGCAGCUUUUCGUUAUAAACUCCUUAAGAUGCAUGCGCCAUCACCCAUUAACUGACUUCAUUUCACACUCUGAAGAAGCUACUUUAGUAAGAGUUGUGAAAGAUGUCGAUGGAUUUUAAUUGUUUUACAAUUGUGUAUUUAUGGAACAGAAGUUCAGCAGAAAUGAACAUAAGAUGAAUUCUCCAGUAACCAGUGAGACAAUCAGAUGCUGAAUAAAACCUUGGAAAUUAUUUCAUUUCUUUUUUAAAUUAAGAAAAAUGCCAUUUUAUGCUUUAUUAAAGACAGCAUAAAAUGUAAUAAAUGAACUAUGGGCAACACAUUUUUCUCGAAGUAUAAAAACAAUAGUAAAACAAAACAUUGAAACAAUAAAAUAUUUAUGACACUAUCUUUAAAUUAUUCAUUAUUUGUUCAAUUUUCAUUUAUAAGAAACUUGUGUCCUAUUUUGCAAAGCAAGCAUUAAACUAACAUGUAUUUCUGUGCAAGUUACAUAUUAGUAAAUAUAUUUUAAGAAAUUCUUAAUCAUAAUCAAAUAAAGUAUUUUUUUUCAUAGAUGAGGCUUUUUCAUCUUUAUUUACAAUAUUGAGCUUUAUAGAUGAUUAGGGAUAUUCUAUUCAGGUCUCUUUUGUAAUAUGGCCUAGGCGCAAAUACUUAUUUUGCUUUUCAAAUUAUCUUGUGUGCUUUUGAUUAACAUCACAGAGAGCACAGAGAAGCAGUAACUCCUUUGUGUAUGGCUUGAUCUAUGUGUUAGUUGCAAUUGCUUUUGUAAAUGGGCCCCUUCUUAUAAGUAAUUUUUUGUUUAAGAUUUGAUAAAACAUUGUAGUUAUUUAAAAGGAAUAGUGCUAGAUUUGACAAAAUGUACUGUACAAAAUCUCUACCGGCUUUAGUUUAUUCAAUCCACUUUGAACAAGGCAGUGAAGUGUAUACAAAAUAUUGGAGACUAAUCCAUUAAUUUGAAAGAGCACCUCAAAUACAUGUAGUUACUAAAAUUAUCUAAAAUGAAAUUCAAAUUUCCAAGAGAUUUCACACUAAUUUAUGGUAUAAGCUAAUCACAGACUUGCAGUUAAAUUAAAACUUGCUAUCUGUACCAAUUACUCCAUAUUCUAAUAAAACAAAAAAUUGCUAGUUCAAUUUUGAGUUACUUUUUUUGUCAAAAUUCAUAAAAAAUAUCUUUGAUUUUUUAUAAAUUUACCUGUAUGCCCUUAAACAUAUGUGUUUACAGUCACCCUACUUAACCUUUAUUAUCAGAUCCCUUAACAUAUUUUCAUUUGAGACCUAUUUUCACUGAUGUUACUGUAAACACACAUUUAUUAUUGUUGUUGGCCUUGUGAUAAGUGGAAUCCAGAUUCAUAUUAGAGAUAACUUUUGUGGUUGUAAAAAUUCUUCUUAAUUUGGUUGUAUGAAAUGCUCUUGAUUAUGAAAACUGAAUUGAGGACCACUUGUUUGUUUUGCUCUAUGUUCUUCCUAACUUUGGUAUCUACUUGACCGGUUUCUGUUUGUAAAUGUACUAGUAUUUCACAGAUUUGUGUAUUUUAUACAUGUAUUUAUUUGAAUUGUACACUGUACUAAUGAAUUUACGGAGUACAAAUUCUGUAUGUUAUUUUUAUAUAUGUUAAUUUUUUUCUGUAGGAAAAUCAAUAUAGGUGUAAAAAAAAAUCAUAUUUUUGGAUAAAAGAAGACUGGAAAAAAAUCUUUUUAUUUUAUUAAUAGUUGUCAGAAUUUUCACACAGCCACAAAGUAUUUUCAUGGUUUUAAAUUAUUUUAGAAUAUUUAUCGCUAUCUUUUUUAUACUUGGAACAUGUAUGUUUCCUAAAAAUGAGUUGUCUAUGAUAAAAUUAUAACUCUGGAUUAUGACAGUUAUUUAGAAGAAAAAUGUAUUUGAUCUCUUCCUGGUAUGGACAUUAUUUAUGAAUCUUAAUUUGUUUGACCUUAAGGGGAUAUGUUAGAUAAGGUAUAUUUAUUAUGUUUGGUGUUAUAAAAUUAACUUUGCAUAGAUUCAAAUUUUUUUGCAAAUCUUAUCCUUUAUGAAAAUAUUUUAAAGUUUUCUUUACUGUUCUCGGGUCAUUUGAGCUCUUUUUUCACAUUUGUUAUUAACCAAAAUACUAAGAUAUAAAUAUUCUUGUCUUCUUGUCUGAGUGAGCUCUGUAAUUCUUAUAAAAACAAAUUAUUAAAGUGUACCUGCCCAUUUUGUAUACAAAAUGAUAAUGUAUCUUGAGUGAGGCUUGAAGUUUUAUAGAGCUCAAAUGGACUUCAUGCAUGCAUAUUUGUUAAAGGAGAGAUUAGAAUUUAAAAUAGGAGAUGAUAAACAGAUAAUUUGCAAGUUCAAAUUUUCAGUUGAAAAUUGUUUGUAAAAUAUAUAGAUUGACAGGUUUUAGUGCACUCCAUGACUCAUAUCAAACAAAAUAAGAGAUAAAAAACGAACACAAUUUUGACAGUUAUUCUUGGCAUUCCUGAUUGUCAUCUAACAUAACUUCCCUUCUUUAAAAUUAUAUUUCUCAUAAUGUUAUUUAAAUACAUUCACUGAGGACCCCAUUAUGUAAAAUGUUUGGAUCCUAUUCAUACAAAUAAAAUGCAUUGAUUUCAGUGUAAAAAGAAUGGAUAUGUUGAAAGUGUAUUUAAUAUACAAUGGAAGUAAUAUCUGCUUUGCUCAUUAAUUAAUUUAGAUGUAUAAAUCAUUGAUUCUCAACUGAUAGAUUCACAGAAAAGGGGGGAAAAGGAUACUUCUUGGUUGCCUUGCAAUAAAACAAAUUUCAAUAAAGAAUUCAUAGUUGUAUACUUUAGUCAUUGUACUUUCAACACAUUCAACCAUCAAUAUAUCCUAUAAAUUAAAAUUAUUUCCAAACCAGUUGUAUUUAAAUUAAGUUAUUUUAGAUCUCCACUGACACAGUACAAAUAUUUGUAAUAUAAUUUGCACACUGUAUAAAUACAAAAAAAUACAUCUAAUAUUAAAGCAAAUUUUAAUUUGCAUAAAUUCACCUAAUUUAAGAAGGAGCUCAUAAUGAAUUUCACCAGAUAACUUUUGAGAGAUCCAUUCAGUUAAGACUUGAGAUCAUAUUUAGAUAGAGAACCGGUUCUGGUCUAAAUGAAAAACAUGAUUUUUUUUUCUAUAAAACAUUGCAUAACCUCUUUUCUUGUACUGAUGAGGUAUUUUUGCUAGACUCUUUUCUGUUAAUCAUAGCUAAUAGAGAUUCUAGUCACAAAGUUACUGCCAGUUGUAAUGUGUGGCAGCUAUUGAAGACUACGCCAAAUCAAAUGUACAACUAUAUCUUAAGUAAUCAAAAUAAGUCUUAAGUGAGUACUGCUUUGUCUCAUUAUCUAAGUAUUUUAAAAUAAGAUAUAGAAACUAAAAAUGUGCAGUACAGAAAAAAAACUUUUUACAAAGAGUUAAAACUGAUUAAUUGAAUAUAUUGAAAGUGUGAUCUCAAGAGGUAAUGACAAUUGAUGACAUGAGUUAUGAUACCAGUCAGCAGAUGGGUUAAAAAAUUUGUAUAGAAUUUUUGACCUUCCUAAAUGUAUGAAAUUAAAAAAACACAAACAUUUUGAAUAAAAAGUGCUAUAAAAUUA